AUGAAUCAAUCCGCAGGCCCAUUUGCUGCUCGAGUUGCUGUUCAUGUCAUCGAAGGCCAGCCGCUUGAAGCUCAACUUGAAAUUCGGCUCAUAUACGAUGAAGCCCUUGCCACUCCUCCUUUUCUGGUGCUUGCAUCACAUACCUCGAACAUCGAAAUGGUUGUGGAAGCUGUCAGGCAAAAUGUCCCUGAGCAAGCGAAGCCUUUGUUGGAAUGCAACAACACAUAUCCGACCUUGUAUCUGCAAGAGUUCGUCUUACCAAACAAAGUAUGGGAGCGAUGUUAUCUUCAUCAGAAGAUCAAUUUCAAGAACUGGUUCAAUCGCAAUAUGGUGGUUUUGGAAGGCCCGGAAACAAUCAGAAUUGAGGUUCACGUGAGCCUGGAAUUGCGCAGUGUGAAGGUAGAUGGCAGUGGUAACGACCGCAUGCCUAUUCGGAAUGUCAACCGCCGGUAUCAAUUGCUGGAAGAUCCGGUUGAGCAGGAGAUGGAGGUCGAUGAAUGGGGCAACAUGUACCAUGUUGGUGACGAGGUCGUGGACGAAGAUAUCGAGAUGGUGGAUAACGAUGACGACGACGAGGAUGAUGAUAACAACGAGGCUGAGUCGACGUCGGAGUGGUUAAGGGGUUGA